CGUAUAGUCUGCAAAGGCUAAAGAAUUGGUUUAUAUACUGCAUUGUUUUCCUGCACACAGUUAAAAGAAAAAUACGUAAACCCGAAGAGAAAAAAUCAAAAUGGCGAUGGCUGCGUGUCCGGAGGAGGUUGAUCAGAUAAUGCGCGCUUCUACAAGUAAAGAUGGAAGCUGGGAUAACACAGAUAACUAUCCUGGGUCUGGUUCAGAGAUAUGGCCGGACUCGGAUACUCUUAGGGAGAAACUGUGGGUUGAUUCUUUGGGAGGGAGGGAUACACAGUGGUCCAGUUGGGAGGACAAUUCAGAAAGCAGUACAGUGUGUGAUAACAUAUUUGAAAUCAUGAGAUCAGGAAACCUGGGUCAGGUUGAAUACUUCUUUGAAAAGUACGGUAUGGAAUACAGUUUAGAUCAAAGAGAUGAAUACGGGCAUUCACCGCCACAUUGGAUGGCACUAAACGGUCACGCUACUAUUGCAAGAUAUUUGAUGGAGCGAGGAGGAAAGAUUGACCUGCACAGCAACAAUAGCCAGGGACCCCGCCCCAUACAUUGGGCCAGCAGGAAUGGACAUGUAGCAGUUGUUGAUCUGUUGCUAGAGGCUGGUGUUCCAGUUGAUGCUACGGAUCAUAAGGGUUUAACCCCGCUAAUGAUGGCCUGUAUGUUUGGAAGAUCAAUGAUUGCCGCGUAUCUACUGGGUAAGGGUGCAGCCCCUCACCUCACAGUUUCAGACAUGAACGGAGACUCUGCACUACACUGGGCAGCGUACAAAGGAUAUCCAGGACUUAUGCAGAUGUUGAUCUAUUCUGGGUUUGACCCCCAGAAACCUGAUAACUUUGGGUCAUCUCCUCUCCACCUGGCCUGUAUAUCAGGCAACCUGUCAGCUGUUAAACUUCUCUGUGCAAAGAACAGUGUAGACCUAGAACCACGAGACAGGAACAGGAAAACUCCGCUAGAUUUAGCAGCUAAACAUGGUCAUCAGGAUAUUAUGAAGUUUCUUGAGAGCGAGAAAAGACGAAGAACAACUUUUCUACCAGUGUUUCUAGAUAUUUGGACGGUAGUGUUUGGUCAGAGUGGUAGAACUAAGGGUCCUCUUCUCUUCUUCCUUGGAAGUGUUCUACUCUGGGCUUAUCCAAUGUAUUUUCUCAGGUGUGUGCCUGUGACCUGGGACCUGCUACCUGUGACCCACUACUCGUUUCUGACGGUCAACCUCAUCAUGUGGAUCUCACUUAUAUUCUCAAACAGACGCAAUCCAGGGUUCCUGCCUCAGAAUACUGAUGAAUAUCACAAUGCUAUAAAGCAAAUAGCAUACUAUGACGAGUGGAAACAUCACAGAGGACCAGACAUAAUGCGGCUUUGUCACACCUGUCGGUCAGUUCGACCUCUUAGAGCUAAACACUGUAGAGUUUGUGAUAGGUGUGUAGCACAGUUUGAUCAUCAUUGCCCUUAUAUUUCAAAUUGUGUUGGUUUGAGAAAUAGAGGUUGGUUUCUAUUGUUUACGCUCUCUGUGGCCAUCAACUGCUCUAUCACAAUAUUCUUCGCUUGCUUCUGUAUAUCCGUGGAGGGUUGGAAGCUACUGUAUAUUAUUGGUCUGAUUGAAGCUUUAAUAUUCUGUAUUUAGGGUUGGAAGCUACUGUAUAUUAUUGGUCUGAUUGAAGCUUUAAUAUUCUGUAUUUAGGGUUGGAAGCUACUGUAUAUUAUUGGUCUGAUUGAAGCUUUAAUAUUCUGUAUUUAGGGUUGGAAGCUACUGUAUAUUAUUGGUCUGAUUGAAGCUUUAAUAUUCUGUAUUUAGGGUUGGAAGCUACUGUAUAUUAUUGGUCUGAUUGAAGCUUUAAUAUUCUGUAUUUAGGGUUGGAAGCUACUGUAUAUUAUUGGUCUGAUUGAAGCUUUAAUAUUCUGUAUUUAGGGUUGGAAGCUACUGUAUAUUAUUGGUCUGAUUGAAGCUUUAAUAUUCUGUAUUUAGGGUUGGAAGCUACUGUAUAUUAUUGGUCUGAUUGAAGCUUUAAUAUUCUGUAUUUAGGGUUGGAAGCUACUGUAUAUUAUUGGUCUGAUUGAAGCUUUAAUAUUCUGUAUUUAGGGUUGGAAGCUACUGUAUAUUAUUGGUCUGAUUGAAGCUUUAAUAUUCUGUAUUUAGGGUUGGAAGCUACUGUAUAUUAUUGGUCUGAUUGAAGCUUUAAUAUUCUGUAUUUAGGGUUGGAAGCUACUGUAUAUUAUUGGUCUGAUUGAAGCUUUAAUAUUCUGUAUUUAGGGUUGGAAGCUACUGUAUAUUAUUGGUCUGAUUGAAGCUUUAAUAUUCUGUAUUUAGGGUUGGAAGCUACUGUAUAUUAUUGGUCUGAUUGAAGCUUUAAUAUUCUGUAUUUAGGGUUGGAAGCUACUGUAUAUUAUUGGUCUGAUUGAAGCUUUAAUAUUCUGUAUUUAGGGUUGGAAGCUACUGUAUAUUAUUGGUCUGAUUGAAGCUUUAAUAUUCUGUAUUUAGGGUUGGAAGCUACUGUAUAUUAUUGGUCUGAUUGAAGCUUUAAUAUUCUGUAUUUAGGGUUGGAAGCUACUGUAUAUUAUUGGUCUGAUUGAAGCUUUAAUAUUCUGUAUUUAGGGUUGGAAGCUACUGUAUAUUAUUGGUCUGAUUGAAGCUUUAAUAUUCUGUAUUUAGGGUUGGAAGCUACUGUAUAUUAUUGGUCUGAUUGAAGCUUUAAUAUUCUGUAUUUAGGGUUGGAAGCUACUGUAUAUUAUUGGUCUGAUUGAAGCUUUAAUAUUCUGUAUUUAGGGUUGGAAGCUACUGUAUAUUAUUGGUCUGAUUGAAGCUUUAAUAUUCUGU